UCGCGCGCGGCCCCUCAGGGCGGAGGCUCUGCACCGGGAGCGGCUCCGUGCGGGGACCGGAGCUGAGGCAGCCGGGACGUGUCCCUGCUCAGGGAAUGGUGAAGAAAUUUCCAAGUUAAUGCUCUGUUCAGUCAAUUCAUUUACCAGCUCAGCCGGUGACUCACCUGACUGAAACAAAGUCACAGCACCUCUCCCUUCCCCUGUCAACAAGGGUAAUAAUUCAGGGUUAUCUUACAAGGGAGAAGAGCAGCGAACAGAUCUUUAGAGGAUGCCAGAUGUGUGCCCUUAUGGAGAGAAUAUUUUGCCUCUGCUGGAGGGUGAAAGCUGUGUGGAUAAGGCAGGCUUUAUUUGCAAUGUUUCUCACUGUUUAACACUGUUUCUCAUACUUUUGCUAGUGGCAACUUUGGAUUAACCUUGAAUUUACCUGCAUUCACUCAAUCUCCCUUUGCCAAAAUAGCUUUUACUUCAGCCAAGAAAUAGCUAACUGCUUUUGUUUUGUGAAAAUUGGUAUUACCAUUUUGAGGUAUUCUUGCUUUUAAAAAACUUGGGAAUUUUGCAGUUGGCUUUGAAUAUAAUACUUGUUAUUCAUGUUCAAAACAUAUUUGAAAGAGCUUUAUGCAGCAUGACUUCUGAGGUGGUGAAAUAGUGCUGGGUAAAGAAGUUGUGGUAAGGGUGUGGUGAAAGGCAGAUUUUUGGAGUGUGAUAAGUAAUCAAGAAAGAUAAUAUAUACCAUUUAUGCCUUUUAAAAAACCUGGAAAAAAAAUAUUGCCCAGGCUCUAGUGGAAGGUGACCCAGCAGUGGAGUAGCAGUGCGUGAGAAGAGCAAAAGGCAGCAAGAGUAAGGGCUGGGGCUUCAGAGCAAAGCCCCCAAGAGCUCUCAGUGUGGUCUCUUGGGCUGGUGUAAACAGCCCUCGGAGGCUUCCCAUCCAUAAAGAACCAGAGCUUCAUCUACUAAAGAGAUGAACUCCACUGUCCCUGGGCAAAAAAUAGUGGUGCAAAGUCUGAAAGGGAGAUUAGUUUGCUCCCUCAUCAAGUAUGUGAUGCUGUAAGAGGAUUGGAUUUGCAUAUCCAAGGAGCAGUGAGUUUUCCUAUUAUUGAUUACUUAGUAUUCCCAGCUUAAUGUUUGCUGUGUUGCUCUAAUUGCCCCUACAAAGGUAUUUAGCUAAAAGUCUAUAGGUAAUUUCACAUGGGUUGCAAGGUAGUAUUGGUCAUUACUAAUGGGCCAAAAUAAUGAAAUACAGUUUUCAAGUGAAGGCUUAAGGUCUAUAAAUGGUGGCUGGAGCUCAGCUUGCAAGUGAUCAUUGCAGGUGGAUUGAUGCUGCUUCAAGAUCCAUUGAUCUGUGCUGAGAUGUGUCCUUGCUAUAAGGAGGACUUGUGGAGAAAUGCAAGUACAGUACCCCUGCUAUGCUGGCUGAGGGCGAAGGCAUGGCCGGUCCCUCGCUGUGUGCUGCUAACACAGCAGCUUCUCCGGAUCUGCGCAAGGUGCCCGGCUUUGGAGAGAAUAAAACCACACAGUGCUCCUUCUCAAUUGAGAGUAUAUUGGGACUGGAGCAGAAAAAAGAUGGCAUUCCAGCUGGGAAACCUCAGAGACCCUGGAUGGAUGCAUGCAGCAGUUUGGUUUUAGGUGAUGACAGUGAUCCCCAUCGGCAAAUCCCUGUUGUUUGCUAUGAAAAUCCAUUAUUUCAUGCUAGAAGUGAUCCAGUGCAAGAGGAAAAAGUUUUCAAAUGUGAAAAAUAUUUUUCAGUCGCUGAAAGGCUGUCUUUCAAACGAGAAUUGAGCUGGUACAGGGGUAGAAGACCACGAACUGCAUUCACUAGAAACCAGAUUGAAGUAUUGGAAAAUGUUUUUAAAAUGAACUCCUACCCCGGCAUUGAUAUUAGAGAAGAGUUAGCUCGCAAAUUAGAGUUAGAUGAAGACAGGAUCCAGAUCUGGUUCCAGAACCGUCGUGCAAAGCUGAAAAGAUCACACAGAGAAUCUCAGUUUCUAAUGGUGAAAAACACUUUCACCUCCAGCCUGCUAGAGUAGAAGGAAGGAUGGCUUGCUGUUACAGUACUACUGCAGAAAAUGAAUGAUUAUUCAUAACUUGUAUUAAGUAAUGAUAUAGUAAUUAUGAAUUUAUGCUCAGAUUUGAAAUUUUAUUAUAAUUUUCAUUCAAAUAAACUGUAAAUACUUGAAGUAU